UAAAAUAAUCGAAACUUGACAGAUGUCACGUGACAUUACCAAGUAACUUGACAGUUGACAUACCUAACCUUAACACAUAUUUUAUGUACGUAUGACGAACGAAAUGAUGAUUAUAAUUUUUUAAAGAAAGAUCUUCUUUCAUCAUAUUAAGCUAUUUUUCACGAAUUUAAAUCGAAAUAAGCCAUAUUCAGGCAUGACGCCGGAACCAUAUAUUGUUGAUUUAGAUCCAGACACCAAAACAACCUUAAAAAUGUAUCUAAUCGAAAAUGUACGGAAUUCAGAAGUAAUAAGGAAUAAUAUUAUCCACGGCGUUUGGAAAUGUGCAGCCAUUAAGCCAGAAUUAAUUAUUGAGCCUUUUCAAGUAGCAGUAGCAGCAAACAAAGCUGUCUUAUCUGAGAAAUAUAAUACAAUGGUUACAAGAACAGUUUUCUCUGAGAUAUUGUAUAAUUUAUCAAUCACAAAAAAUAUCACCCAGAGUUUGAGCCGAUUUGGUAUAGAAAAGGACACCAAUUUGUUAUUAUGCUUUUUGGUUACUGAAGAUUCAGAUACCAGCUCUGAGAUUUUAUUGCAAAUUGAAGGUGAAUUUAUACCCAUGAAUGAUUUAAAAAGGUUUACAUCAGCAAAGAAUCUAAAUAAUCAGUAUAAAUUGAAUACUUUGGAGAAAAGUCAAGAGUUAGCUGAUAUUAUUAUCAGUAGAAUGGUAACUAAAAGUUUUGUAACACAUUAAAUGUACUUGAAUUACAA